GCAGUUAAGUGAGCGAAGGAAUUUUGUUGACAUGGCUGCAAGGCGUGGAAGUGUGCAAAAGUUGAAGUUGUUGCACUCAAAGUUCAAAGUUCACAGUAAAAAAGUGCCGUUGCUUGCGAGAAAAGAUGGCGAACUAUUCGCAUAUUUCUGGAACUGCUGUUGGCUUGAUUACGCUUCAAAAUCCUCCUGUAAAUGCACUAAGUGCAGCAGUACGUCAAGGCAUUGUGGACACGGUGAAGAGGGCCCUCGGUGACCCUAAGGUCAAGUCUAUUGUCAUAUGUGGUCAGAAUGGAAUCUUCUGUGGGGGAGCAGAUAUCAGGGAAUUUGGGAACCCCAUGCGUGGGCCUCCACUGGUGCCAAUGAUCCAUGCCAUAGAAGCUGCAGACAAGCCGGUGGUUGCGGCCAUAGAGGGGAUCGCCCUGGGCGGAGGGCUAGAGUUGGCGCUUGGCUGUCACUAUCGAAUAGCACACACCAAGGCCAAGCUGGGGCUUCCGGAGGUGACUUUGGGUCUGCUGCCAGCUGCAGGGGGUACCCAGCGCUUGCCAAGGCUGACUGGACUACCGGCUGCUUUAGACCUCAUCACAACAGGUCGUCACAUCACCGCUGCUGAAGCGCUCAAAUUGGGAAUAGUGGAUCAGGUUAUUGAUCAUAAUACCGUGGAUGCGGCUGUCAAGUUUGCGCUCGGUGUUGCAGAGCACACGCUGGACGCUCGCCGAAUCAGCACCCGUCCAUGCCCUUGCCCUCCCCAUUUGGAUGCUCUGUUUGAGGAGGCUAUGCUCAGGGUGCGCCAGAGCACCCGUGGAUCCAUAGCGCCAGUGGCUUGUGUCCAGGCCCUGCAGGCAGCCGCCACCUUGCCCUACACUCGGGGGAUGGAGAGGGAAAAAGAGCUGAUGGCCACAUUAUUCACCUCUGGCCAGGCUCGGGCUCUGCAAUACAGUUUCUUUGCUCAGAAAGCUGUCGCCAAGUGGAGCAUGCCGAGUGGAGCUCGCUGGGACAACAGCAAGCCAAGGCCCAUUCGCAAAACAGCUGUUAUUGGUCUCGGCACAAUGGGGAGAGGCAUCACAGUCUCCCUUGUUCAGGCGGGCUUGUCUGUGGUUGCUGUGGAGGCCCAGGAGAAGCAACUGAUGGACUCCAAGCAGGCUAUAUCAGGUAUGCUGCAGCGGGGGGCCAAGAGGCGAGGGGUGGCUCCCCCACUUGACAUGGUCACUUACAGCCAAAACCUGGAGGCCGCAGCGGAUGUUGACCUGGUCAUCGAAGCUGUGUUUGAGGACACGGUCCUGAAGAAGAAAGUCUUCCAGCAGCUCUCUGCUGUGUGUAAACCAAACACAAUCCUGUGCACCAACACGUCCGGCAUAGACGUAGACCUCAUCGCCUCUCAGAGCCCCCACCCGGAGCUAGUGGUCGGGAUGCAUUUCUUUGCCCCGGCACAUGUCAUGAAACUGCUGGAGGUGGUGUGUGGAUCACGCUCCUCUCCCGAAGCUGUGGCCACCGCCAUGAGUCUGGGAAAGAAAAUGGGCAAAGUCGGCGUGGCUGUGGGUAACUGCCCUGGUUUUGUCGGGAACCGCAUGCUGAAGCCAUACUUGGAGCAAGGGUUUUUUCUGUUGGAGGAGGGAGCCACGCCUGAGUUGGUAGAUGGAGCACUGGAGGAGUUUGGUUUCGCCAUGGGGCUCUUCAGAAUGUCUGACCUCUCUGGGCUUGAUGUCGGCUGGAGGAUUAGGAAGGAAGAGGGUCUGGUGCAGCCUGGUGCAACAACGGGGCCGGGAGCCAGAGUCCGACAUGGUCACAGGUACAGUCCUCUUGGAGAUCUGCUCUGUGCGCACGGACGAUUCGGCCAGAAGAUAGGCCGCGGAUGGUAUAAGUAUGACAACCGGCAUGAAGCAAGGUUCGACCCAUGGGUGCAACACUUCCUGGAAGAGUAUCGAUCCCAACAUGGCCUGGUAGCGCGCCGAAUAGACCGCCAGGAGGUGCUGGAACGCUGCUUGUAUAGCCUCAUCAACGAGGGCUUUCGUAUCCUUGAGGAAGGAAUAGCCGCCGGACCCGAAGACAUCGAUGUCAUCUAUGUUUUCGGCUAUGGCUGGCCUAAGCACCGCGGUGGUCCCAUGUUCUACGCCAGCAUGGUGGGCUUGACCAAAGUUGUGGAGAGGCUGGAGCACUUCCACCAGGCUCACCCCGAUGUGCCUUACCUGCAGCCGUGCGGGCUACUUCGUAGGCUGGUGGCCAGCGGCAGUCCACCCGUGCACAAGUGGAGGGGAAUCAUCAAAAAGACUCACAGCCAUCUUUAAAUCUGCGGGAUUUCAUAAUUUCCUCCGAAAAAAAUCACUUUUCAAUCACCUAAUAAGACUGAUUUUCUGUACAUCAUACAUACAAUCUUAAUAACAUGAUUUGUAAUGUCUACAAAUGGCUUUAUUUUCUCAUGUAGUGGUGGGAGCUGUUCAUUUACUCAACCGCAGAGAACACCAGGCUUCUGUUAAUGGUGAGGAUUUUUUUUGUAUGCACGCCUUUAGUUAUGAAAAUGUUCAUGAUUUUGUUAAGUAACUUUCACAAAUAAAAAAAUAUUGUGUUUGUUCUA